CUUGCCCUGCUAUACUCCUAGAGGUUGCCCGGCCCUGGGGAGGGAGAUUUCGGUCUCCUGUUACCUUACUCCUUUGACUCGUCACUGGUGAUUUGACAGGGAUCUCGAUGUGGCAGAAUUACGCAUGCUGGAUCGCUUAGGUGAAUGAGCGCACACACGUCGACUACUUCCCGGGGACUUUCCCCCAAAAAAACAUUUAAAUGUGAAGCGCUGCACUUCUCGUGUAUCUAUUCCAGGCUGACGUCCCGGCUAACCCAGGCCACUCUUCCUUGCACAGGCUGGGCGGUGAGAUCGAUGCGCGCUGUCGGACCUCUUGGGCACCAGCGUUUAACGGAUCGUUUUCUCUUCUUGUCCCGGCUGCUUUUGGAUCCUGCUCACUUGUAGACUGUAUUUCUCCUGAUAAUUUGUUGGCUGACAGGAAAGGAGACGGGGCAAGUGUGAAGAGGAUGAGGCUUGCGCAAAUCGACCGCUGGUCUGAAGCGACUCGACCUGUUUUACCUGGACUCUUGCGGAUGAUUUGGCGUUUCGGAAAUCUCGCCUAAAACACUCGCGAAUAAAGCAGGACUCUGAUGUUGAAAAUACAAAGGUUGAACACUGAAUCCUUUACUCAAGACGGCAAGUGAAGAUGGGUCCUACGUGUUUAAUGUAUAUUUCAUUAGAUUGGCGUCCAGUCUAAUAAACAUCAUCAGCGAUGUAGUCAGCUUGUUCAUCUGCGUAUUGAUUAUUUGCAGUAAGUACUCACAUCUACUCAAAAGGGAGACAAUGAAGAUGAUUCUCCUGCGCAAAUUCCGUGUUUUGAUUCUCAUGGUAUUCCUAAUUGCAUGCUCGAUGCACAUCAUGAUAGACUUGUUACCAAAGCUGGAGAGGCACAGCAACAGCGGCUGCUCCUGUUCCCACACGCCGAGCGAGGAGCCAAAGAGCUGGGGCAAGCAGGGCUGGCCUAACAAGCACAGUCUGCGGAUCCUCCAGGACUUCAGCAACGAGCCCAGCUCAAAUGUUUCCUCACACUCCCUGGAAAGGGUCGUGGUUGCGGGAGAUAAAUCACAAGCUUUCAGGAGACUUGACCAUCACGGGCAACGUGGUGACAGGAAGAGACAGUUCAUACAGGACGCCACAGUGACCAAGAACGUGGCGGUUAAAGGUUCAAUACUGUCAGCUCUGUAUGACCAUCCCUUAUAUAAAACAUCCCUGCCGCCUUUGACAGACGAGGACACGCUGUUCAACGUCAACACGGACAUCAGAUUUGACCCGAAAGCAGCAGAGGAUCAGGCAUGGACUGGGGAAGGCAACAUAGAUGAGUUCAGCCCAACAGGGGAGCUGACAGCCGAUUCCUACCCCAACUGGCUCCGUUUCCACAUUGGGAUUAAUCGAUACGAGCUGUACUCCAGACACAACCCGGUCAUCGAUGCUCUUCUGAAGGACCUGGCUACCCAGAGGAUCAGCAGCGUGGCAAUGAAAUCUGGAGGCACUCAGCUGAAGCUCAUCAUGACCUUCCAGAACUACGGCCAGGCACUAUUCAAACCCAUGAAGCAGACCCGGGAGCAGGAGACGCCGCCAGACUUCUUCUAUUUCUCCGACUUUGAAAGACACAAUGCUGAAAUUGCAGCCUUUCAUCUGGACAAGAUCUUGGACUUCCGCCGCGUUCCUCCUGUGGCUGGCCGGCUAGUUAACAUGACAAAGGAGAUCCGAGAUGUUACACGGGAUAAAAAGCUCUGGAGGACCUUCUUCAUUUCACCAGCCAACAAUGUGUGCUUCUAUGGCGAGUGUUCAUACUACUGCUCCACUGAGCACGCUCUGUGUGGUAAACCAGACCAGAUCGAAGGAUCUCUGGCCGCCUUCCUCCCGGACCUGGCCCUCGCCAAACGCAAGACCUGGAGGAACCCGUGGAGACGCUCGUACCACAAACGCAAGAAGGCAGAAUGGGAGGUGGACCCAGACUACUGCGAGGAGGUCAAACAGACUCCGCCUUAUGACAGUGGGACACGACUGCUGGACAUCAUGGACAUGACCAUCUUUGACUUCCUCAUGGGGAACAUGGAUCGCCACCAUUAUGAGACAUUUGAAAAGUUUGGAAAUGAGACCUUCAUCAUCCAUCUAGACAACGGCAGGGGCUUUGGAAAACACUCACAUGAUGAGUUGUCCAUUCUGGUGCCACUGACCCAAUGCUGCAGGGUAAGGAAGUCGACCCACUUGCGACUGCAGCUGCUGGCUAAGGAGGAAUACAAGCUGUCUGUGCUCAUGGCAGAAUCCCUGGUGAGGGACCGCCUCUCCCCCAUCCUCAUCCAGCCACACCUGGAUGCCAUGGACCGACGACUGCGCCAGGUGCUAAAUGUGCUGUCAGAUUGCAUCGAGAAGGAGGGACACAGCUAUGUGGUGGAGGACGACCUCCAGGGGUACCAAGGGACAGACCACGCCCACAACGGCCCGAGACGGAGGUAGCUGCCUCAGGGCGCUGGCGGCUGGACUGGACUGACUACCUGGAGAUUUGAGACUGGACUGAGCUAACCCAGUCGUACUUUUAAACUGAACUGGCAUCCUGUAACGCAGAUGAACUCCAUCUGUGCUGAAUUUCUCUGAGGGCUUAAUUUCUGCUGAACUUACAGGAAAGCCCACCUGCCUGAGGUAAUAAGCUGCGUGGAAGAGGACGCCUGCUGGCUAGGACUGGAAAACGGUGCAAUAACUGUAGCCGCACUGAUGCCUGAGACACAGGUGAUGUCUAAGAUUUCUGGACGGAUCGGGGGCCGAACAGGACCGAACCACCGCUCAUCUCCUAGACUCCUUUGAAAAUCCAACCCUGAGUGUAGUGUAUCACCACAGCUUACUCCGCUGACCCACUGCAGCAACCAAACCGUUAAAGUCUUGCAAGAGACGCCUUCUCUCUCUCUCUCUGGUUCAGGACCCGUUUUUUUGAAUUCAGUGAAUUCCGAGGGACUUGUAAGGAAUCUCCUCCCCUCUUCACAUGCUGAAUUAUGUGUUUCUACUUGCUAGUUUCGGUCAACCAAUCAGGGUGGCUGGAGGAGGUAGAAGGGGACUUCCUGUUACAUUCAUUAUGAAAAUGAUGCUAUGUUGAUUUGCUGCAAAAUAUUUUGUUGCAUAGUUUUAUUUUGAAACUUUAUUUCUGCUGAGCUGUUUCAGCAUCUCAUAGUUGAAAGAUGAAAAUAUUCGACUGGAGUGGAGUGCAGGUUUACUCCUGGAUUUGUCCAUAAAUUUUUGUCCAUAAAUGUUACAUGUCCUUAAGAGAGUAUUUAUUAUUUAUUGUUCAAAAUGAAUACUAACCAGUGACACAUAUUCUUUCUGUUAAAGCUGAAUUUCCUAGUUUGUCCACAAGAGGGCAAACUGAGCAUGUGUAAAAGGUGGCUACCAGGUACUGGCAGUCAUAUUUCACAGGCAUCACAAAUCGCCACCUGUGUUUACAGCAUUUACCCAUUUUUCCAACAUUUUUGCCUUCAGUGCAACAGACAUGAGGUUAGAGUUAUGGUACCAAAAGCCAAAUGUGGCACUACUGUUUCUUUGUAAUAUAUUUGAUGUCCAGAUGUUGCUGUUGUGGAGAGAUUAUUUUUCAGGAUGUAUAUUUCAUUCAUUACCAGCAGCUCAUAGCUUAACUGUUGGUGUCAAUGAUUCAGUCGCUGGCUGAAAGCUAAUAUAUUACAUUAGGAAAAUCUAGUGCCUGUGCAAUGAUAGAAAUACUUGAAUGUCUGGUUUCAUAGCCGAAAGGUUAAGCUCCUCCUGGGUACGAACGAUAGAUAAGACACAGAGGUCUACAUAUGUGCGUGUAUGUGCUGACUCCAUCUGUUCCAUAAGGGGUUAAUUAAGUUUCUAUAGUCCUGUGUCAGGGCAGUACGGUGUGUAUGGAUGUAUGGGUGGAUCAAUGGAGAACCUUAGAAGGUGUCCUUGAAGUGAAAAUGCUUCUUUUUUCUUUUCUUUUUUUUUAUUCAGCUCAUUGUUUCUGUGGAUUUUAUCUCAAAUUUCUUUGCAUCAUGGUAAAAGUGCAAUAAAACAAAA